AUGAGGGUCCCCAAGCUGCGCCUCCACCGGCCUCACCUCCGCGUCUCGCAGUCCCAGUCCGCAUUCGCCUCGGGCAACGCCCGCUGGACGAAUCUCGAUCUCGACCCCGUUCCCCGCGCCGGCCGCCUCUGGGGUCCGCUCAGUUUCAUCUCAUACUGGAUCUCCGACGCCUUCAACGCCGCAACCUGGCAAUUCGCCUCAUCCAUCAUCGCCGUCGGCCUCUCAUGGCGCGAAUCCCUCGGCAUCGUCGCCCUCUCCUUCUUCAUCAUCUCCUUCGUGAUCGCGGCCAACGGCGCCGUCGGCUCAAUCUACCACAUCCCCUUCCCCGUGAUCGCCCGCGCAAGCUGGGGCUUCUGGGGCUCCUACAUCGCAAUCAUCUCGCGCGUCAUCCUCGCGAUCUUCUGGUUCGCGAUUCAAAACGUCAAUGGCGCCAAUGCAGUCAAGGCAAUGAUAGGCGCGAUCUGGCCGAGUUUCCUUACGAUGGAGAAUACGAUCCCUGAAAACCAGGGCAUCGAGACCAACACGAUGAUCGCGUACCUUGUUUUCUGGCUCGUGCAGUUUCCCUUCCUGUGCAUCCACCCGAAUAAAGUGCGCUGGCUUUUUGUGGCAAAGAGCAUCAUUGUCCCGGCUGCGUGGGUUGCCAUUCUGGUCUGGGCGUUUGUGGCGGAGGGGAGCGGUGCGCUAUUUGAGCAGCGGCCUUCCGUCUCGGGAAGUCAGUACUCGUGGGUUUGGCUGGCGAGUAUGACGAGUGUGUUGGGGAAUUAUGCGACGUUGAGUGUUAACCAGAGCGACUUCUCCCGCUACUCGCGCGUCUCCGCCAAAUGGCAGCUCCUGUACAUCCCGCUCCUCCCUAUAAUCUUCACCUUCAUCUCCUUCAUUGGGAUCGCUGCGUCGUCAGCCGGAUGGUCGCGCUACAACACCGCGUCUAUACCCUGGGACCCCAUCGAGCUGAUCAGCCACUGGAACUCGCGCGCGGCGCGCUUCUUCGGCGCCUUCUCCUUCGCCCUAGCGAGUUUGGGCGUGAACAUCAGCGCGAACUCAAUCUCCGCCGCAAACGACCUAAUGGCUCUUUUGCCCAGCUUCAUUGAUCUACAACGCGGCCAGAUCAUCUGCGGCGUGAUAUCCUGGGCCCUUGUGCCAUGGAAGAUCCUAGAGAGCGCGAACAACUUCCUGAACUUCAUGUCCGCGUAUGCGAUUUUCCUCGGCCCCAUUGCGGCAAUCAUGCUUUGGGACUACUGGUUAAUCAAGAGCCAAAAGUACGAUACCGUUGCGCUGUACCAGCCCGAGACGAACAUCUACCGAUUCAACAAGUGGCUCGUGAACUGGCGCGCUGUUGUGAGUUUUCUCGUUGGCGUGGUUCCUAGUUUGCCGGGGCUGGCGAAUAGUGUUAACGCUGGUAUCGAUGUUGGCGUGGGAGUUCAUCCGUAUCAGUUUGGAUGGUUGCUUGGCUUUGUGGGGACGAGCUUGGUGUAUGUUGCGCUGUCGUAUGCGUUUCCGGUGCCUGAGGCGCUUGUUGAUAGGGCCGUGCUGGCGGAUGAGGUUUAUGAUGCUGGGGAGAUUGAGGGGGUUGAAGAGGGGGGAGUGGGAAUGGGAGAGAGGGAGGGGCGUGGACCUGGGCUUGUGCAGGGGCAUGGUGGGGUGGGGAAGGAGAAGGGGUUUGCGGUUUAUUGA